CCUGCAUUGAUUUUUUGUUUAUACUCUCUCUAACAUGAUCUCAAUUGCAAGAACCCUAAGAUCAUUCUUUAAAUUCUUUAAUUCUAUCAUGGGAAUGGUAGGCAUGUCAAUGAUCAUUUAUGGUUUAUGGAUAAUCAAAAUUUGGCUAGAAGAAAGAGAAGAUGUACCGCCUACUUUUGAAUUUGUAUCUGAGACAUGGUUUGCUUAUACUUUAAUUUGCAGUGGUGUUUUCAUGUGUGUGGUAACUUGUCUAGGACAUAUGGCAGCAGAUAGCAUGAAUGGUUAUUGUCUCUCAUGUUAUAUGGUGAGCAUGAUCAUAAUUCUUCUGCUGGAGGGUGCAGUAACAGCGGACAUUCUCCUCAAUUCUGAUUGGGAGAAGGACUUGCCUGAGGACCCAACUGGAAAAUUCAGCGACUUCAUGGAUUUUGUGGAGUCAAAUUUUGAUGUUUGCAAAUGGAUAAUGCUAGUGAUCAUCUCAGCACAGGGAUUAUCAACCAUAAUUGCAUUGGUUCUAAAAGCUCAUGGUCCUGAUUCUAACUAUGACAGUGAUUAUGAUUACUAUACUCGGUCAAGGCUUUCCCUCCUUUACCAUAAUGCUCAGCCACCACCUUUUGUUCCUGAUUACUCUCUAAAUAACAACACAUGCUGGGAUGAAGGCAAAUAUAUAAAGAAUACAGUUGCAACUUUUCCAAGAGUGUGAAGUGGAGAUAUAGAGAUAUUAGUAUAACUAUAUAAUAAUGUUGAAGCAAACUCAGAAACUUGACGAGGCUGUGGAGCAGAGCUAUGGGAUUUUAUAGCAUUUCAUGCUGUUCACACGAGUUAAAAGUUAUAAGUGUACCUUUUAUUAAUAUACAAACCGGGUAACAGACGUCUUGGCAAACGAGGGACUUGCAACAAUGGAGUCCAAUUCUUAGAUAUGUAUCCUGUUUCUGUAAGGCUAAUUUUAGCCGAUGAAGUUAGAGGGGAUACCUUACCUGGAACCACAAAUGUAAUGUAAUUUCUCUUACAGUUGGAAUUAAGAGAGAAUUGAAUGGUUAAAAGUUGUAACAAAGCACAAUUUACAUUGCUCA